AUGAUUGCCUUUUCCACCUUCCUCGAGAUCCACGUGCUGCGAAACUGGUUUGACGAAUCGGACCCGACUGAGGCAUUCCAACAGAAAUUGCGGUUCUUUAUGGUCACGCUUUGCGCAAGCAGUGUCUUCGCAUUCCUCGGUUGCAAGAUCACCGACCGAACGGAAAAGAACGAGCACGAAAUAGAGCAUUUCAGCAGCUUCAACGCGUCUCCCUUACUUUCAGGAGGCAGCGCGGUCCUGGGCUCGAGCUCUCCAAAGGCCGCCAUUCCUACAGACGACCUCGAGUACGUGCAACUCGCCGACCAGAUGUCUGCCUCCAGUGUCACGUAUCAACAGCAAAUCACCCGUUUCCUCACAGAUCCGCUGAUGUACCCUCUGAACGCGGCGUUUUUCAUGGCCGUCGGCGCGACAGAGUUCUUUCUGACGAACUUGAGCUCGAUCCUGUCCUCUCUGGGCCAGGACACGCUGGACUACGAUCUGCAGCUCUACUCCGUCACGUCGACGGUGAUCAGGUUCGUGAUUAUGGUGGCCACCGAUCACGUCUGUGCAACAUACCGCAUCUCUCGUCUCAGCAUCCUCGCAGGUUUGAUAGUUAUGUGCGGACUCGGCCAUGUGUACCUGUCCAGCUGGCCCAUCCCCGGACUGCACGUCAACGUCGUUGUGAUGCUGAACGCCCUUCUCAAUUCGGGUAUAUACACGCUUUUCCCGGCAGUGCUGGCGGCAGUCUACGGGUUCGAGGUUCUGGGGACCACGUACGGGAUUUUUUCGUGCUGCUCCAUCAUCGGUAACAUGCUGCUCAACCUGGUCUACGGCGCGGACUAUACGCGGAACUGUGUGGAUUCUGCAAACAACAACCUUGUCAUCUGCUCCACAUACACGUUCCUGCUGAGCGGCGUGGCGCUAACUGUUCUAGGAUCGCUGAUCUACAGCUUGAAAAAUAGAUAUCUUGCAAGGGCGGACGAAGAUUUCUAG